AUGGCAUUAGCCCCUUUCCUUAGCCACCUCAAAGCCAUGGUUUCUCCCGCGCGCGCCGAUCCGCCCUUCCCCCUGGAGCGCCUCCCCGACGACGUUCUCGCGCUCGUCUUCCGCGCGCUCGCGCAGACCUCCUUCCGCCACGCGCUCGUUUCCAAGCGCUGGCUCCGCCUCGCCACGUCCGCGCUCUCCCACUUGACCAUUCGGCAUCGGGAUCUAUCGACGCAAGAAAUACUACGCGAUUCUGAGCACUCGCGCAACGCUCAGCUUGCGUGGCUUCCGCUUCCACGCCUGCUUUCCGCGCUGCGCCGCUUCCCCGCCCUCACGCACGUGUCGCUGGGCGAGUUUUCCAUCGUAUCCGCCGACGGCGACGCGCUCUUUCAAUGCCUGGCCGCCACGUGUCCGUUCCUGAGCUAUCUAACGGUGGAGCAUCAGUUUCGCAUGGCGGUUACUGUAGACGGCCUCGAGUCGCUCUUCCGUGGAUGCCGCAAGCUAAGGGACCUCCGGCUCCUCACCAUCGACGGCCUCCCGCAUCUCCCGGCGUCCCUCUCGCUCCUGACAGAUCUCCAAACCCUCCACGUGUGCGCUCAUCCGCGCUAUGGCGAAGACUCGUUACAGGAGCUCAUUUCGCCGCGCGAGAGCAUCGGCGCGCUGCAGCAGCUGCGGGAGUUGCGGAUCCGCGCGGGAGCGAGCUUCCAGGGGCUGGGGGAGAGCGUGGGUCUCCUGAGGAACCUCCGCAAGCUGAGUAUCAGUACUUGCUUCGCUAGAACCAUCACGAAGCUUCCCGACGCGAUUGGUGACUUGGCUCGGCUGGAAACCCUAGAAAUCGAACAAGGUGAGCUCGAGAGCAUUCCGGAAUCCUUCCAACUGCUGACUGGGCUGAAAGCACUAUUUAUUCAAUCAAAGAAUGUACAGAGCCUGCCCGAGAAUGUUAUGGCUGGGUUGACGCAGCUGCAAUCUCUCUCCCUCCACGAAUGCAAUGCCCUUGAAAUUCUCCCAGAGAGCAUCUGCUUCCUCCCUCUCUCCUCCCUCUCCAUCUCCUCCUGCUCCUCGCUCAACUCACUUCCACACCACAUCGGCGCCUUGUCCCAUCUGCUAACUCUAAAGCUCCUCUACCUCGAUAACAUCCGUGCUCUGCCCGAAAGCCUGAGUAAUUUACCCCAGUUAAAAACGCUCGAGAUGGACCUGCCCACGCUGCAACAUCUGCCGGAGAGAUUGUGUGAAAGCAGCCUUUCAUCGAGCCUGGAAAAGCUGAGCCUGACCAACUGUUAUCAACUAAAGAAGCUUCCUCCCUCCCUUUACAAACUGACUCGUUUAGAGUCCCUCCAUAUCGAGUCAUGCUCCGAAAUAAACUCCCUGAAGCCGCUCACCCCUGCAAACCAUCCUGAAGGUUCCGGAAGUGGGCUGGAAUCGUUGAGUCCGAUUGAAAGGGUGAUUAUUGCUGCACUCUGCACUGCUGCAGUCUUUGCUGUCAUGCUUCUCAUCUCCCUGCCGCUGCUCACCGUGCGAGGCCUCAUAGGACCGUCCUCUGCUGCCGUGCUUGCUUUCAUCGGCACGAGAAGUGGCAGUCUUCUCGUCGUCGUUGCAUCGCUGCUUCUGGUUGUGGUGCUGCUGCUCAUCUCUCUGGUACCCAGUGCGUGGCUCUAUCCUGCCAUGCUGCUUGCUGCCGCACUGCUGGUGUUCCUGUUCCUAGAUACCGUUACCUCUGCCCCAGGCCCUGCUUCUGCUCCUGACGUUGUCGCUGCCUCUGCCCCUCCCCCUGCCCCCACCUGCGUUUCAAUCCCUAUCUCUGAUUCUGCGACGAACACCACGGAACAACAUCCGGGACUAGUUUCCCUCACCAUAUUGAAAGUUUCUGACUGCCCGAUGAUCUCCUCCCUCCCAGAAAACUUCUCCUUCCCUGCCCUGCACACGCUCACCCUGCAUUCCCUGGGCAAUUUGGAAAAUUUCCUGGACUUAUCCAGCAGGCAGCUGCCCCAAUUGCAGCAUCUGGAAUUGGAAGGGGUGGGUGCUGAGGCUGAUCCAUGGCUGCUUGACUGCCUUCCCGGUGUCCGAUUAAGGAGAAUGCGAUGGUUGCUGCGAGUCAAAACUCUGUUUGUGCUUCUGCAUGUGAUGGAAGCGUUGCUGCAGCUGGCUGUGUUGCUGGUAAGGGCAGGUUGCUCAGGGCUGCAGGGUGCUUGCACUUGGUCGGCUGGUCUUGCAUGCCGAUCGUGCAGGCGAGCAUACAGGUGGUGUGUUGGGGAGGUGGAAGAAAAAGCCCGCUUGUUGUGA